ACCCCCUUCCCCCACCCUUCCCCCACUUGCCCCUGCCCCUUCUCCUCCCCCUCCCUCAAUUUACCAGUUCCAAGCCGCGGCCACGUACUGCUGUCUGCGUUGUUUACGUUUAGUUCAACGGAGGAACCAAAUUUUCAACAUGGACAUAGAACUUAUGUCAAGAUAUGUUUCACCUGUCAACCCAGCAGUCUUUCCCCAUUUGACAAUUGUCCUGCUCGGCAUCGGAAUUUUCUUCACUGCUUGGUUCUUUGUCUAUGAAGUUACAAGCACCAAGUAUACAAGAGAUGUCUUUAAGGAACUUCUUGUAGCACUUGUUGCUGCUAUUUUCUCAGGAAUGGGCAUGUUAUUUUUGAUGUUAUGGGUAGGGAUAUAUGUAUGAUACGAACUGUAUAUUUCUUGUUAUCUUUAAAUCUUAUUACCAUACUGCUUGUUAUGAAUUCACCAAUACAUUCCUGUAAUUUUUUUUGACAAGAUGUCAAUUGAAUCCUUUAAAUUGUUUGAGUCAAAAUUUGAAACCCCUCAAAAUACCACUGUACUGAAACUGCACAAAAGUGUUUUCUAAUUGGAUCUGUAUAUGUAUAUUGUGUGUGCACUACUACUAGGUUUUAAUCAAUAAAAUUCAUUUGCAUACUG